GCGUCCAUUUAGCGUAUAGAAACCUGCGGAGGUCCUCAUGCACUACUUUGGCGCAGCGGAGGGCGAACAACAUAGACCGAGCGAGAGGGUAAAUCGUUUGUCAGAUGCACAGGACAACUCGGAUAAAGAUUACGGAACUCAACCCCCACCUGAUCUGUGUGCUCUGCGGGGGGUACUACAUAGACGCGGCCACCAUUAUUGAAUGUCUGCACUCGUUUUGCCGGACAUGUAUCGUCCGCUACUUGGAAUCAAGCAAGUACUGUCCAAUCUGUGAUGUCAUGGUACACAAGACAAAACCGCUACAGAAUGUCAAAUCAGACAAAACACUACAGGACCUUGUGUAUAAGCUAGUACCAGGAUUAUACAAAAGUGAGAUGAAACGCAGACGAGACCUAUACAAUGCCCACCCAGAAGCAGCUCAUCAUUGCACUGGACCAUGUGAGGAGAAAGGAGAUGAGGACCAGGACCGUCUCAUCUACACAUACGACGAAAAAAUCAGCCUUUCCCUUGAGCUGUACUCUGAAUGUGUGCCAGAGGAAGUCCUUGAUUUCAGUACAGGAAUAGUCAAUCCCGAUCGAAUGAAGAAGAGGGAUGUCCGGUAUCUGCAGUGUCCGGCAGCAGUGACCAUUGGUCAUCUGAAGAAGUUCAUCAGGAUGAAAUUUGACCUGCCACCUCGCUACAAGAUUGACAUUUUCCACUCAUUUGAACCGUUAGACGACUUGUUCACCUUGAUGGAUGUAGCAUAUAUUUACACGUGGAGGCGGCAAUCGCCAUUACGACUUGUGUACACCGUGUUCGAAUUGGCAAGAAACCACAAGCGAAAAUAUGAGAAUGAACAGACGGUAAUUACGGAGAAACAACCAUCUACAAUAGAAGAUGUCCCGAAGGAAACACCAGUAGCCGAGAGAGAUACAUCUCCUAUGCAACCAGCCAUGGAAGCCAGUCCCCCUUCACAGACGACGCCAACGCCUGCUACUGCACCUGCACCUGUGCAGACGGUGACGCCCGUGACACGAGAUGAAACACAACAUGCAAAAGAGUCUUCCUUUCAAGUGAAACAGAACGGAAAAGAUCCAGCGCAAAAGGAAGCCAGUGCUCCGGUUAUCAAGAAAAAUACAUCCAAGUAUAUGGACCGACUAUCCUGUCAGGCACCAACCUCUUUGAGCAAGGGACUCUUGAGUAAACAUCCCGUAGAAAGUGCUGGGUUCAAACCCUUGGAGGAUGUGAACAGCUUCAGCAACAACAGUGGUAGUGUGUAUGACUUUAACGAUGGUCGUGAUAGUCCCGUUCCAGCUUUCACGUCGCCCUCUGGUGGCGGUGGUGAAAACGGCAGUAAAGGGGCUUUAAAACAGACAUCAGGAAAGAAAAGAAAAUUAGCAAACGGUAAACUUUCUUAUAUAGCCGAAUCACGCUUACAGGAGCAAGUUAUCUCUAGUAAGACAAAAGUAACGAAAGACUCAACGAAAACUAACAAACCAACAACAAAAGAGAAGAAGCAAGGACUGUUCGAUAUCAGAGGGAAAGUGAAAUCGUCCAAAUUUAAUGGCAUUUAUACGCCGCAUGUUCUGAAUGGACACAUCAGUAACUAAACGGUGGUUGUAUGUUAUGGUGGAUUAAAUCACUUCGCUGUAUGUGAUUAUUGAAAGUCUGAAAGCAGCUAAUGUUAUAUUUUGAGAAAAAUGUGGUAUAGCCAUAAAAGGAAAACGAAGUUCUAAAUAUUCCUUAUUUGGAUGGAAGUGUUUGCAUUACCGGUUACUGUUGAAUAUUCAGUUCAAUCUGUGUUACAUAUGGAUUGCCGUGGUCAUUUUUGGAAUGGCUAAAUUAUUCCCUAUUUGAUUCAACUGGUUUUAUUAGAUGAUUUUUAGACAAUUUGGAAGUUUACUACUCACUGUCUCAGUUUUCUGUACAAACACUACACAGAAGAAUGCUGAAAACGGUUGGGGCAUUUUUAUAGGGAACCUUUUUUAGGGAGCAAGGUUUCUUGCAUUAAAGGGCGUUAUAUCAAUAUUGCAUUUUCGGCAAUUGAAAGUUGUAAUUUUAAUUGCCUACUGAAGAGCAUUUUCCACAUUUCGUGCCAGUUGCUAGAUAUUCUGAACUGGCGUCUGGUCUAUACAUACGCUGGUCAACGACAAAUAUGUGGCGCGCUACUCAAAUGCUGUGAAUGUUGUAUUUCAAUGAUGAUUUGUCAAAAUGGCACACUUGAAAAACGUUCCCUUCGUGAUGCAGACAGAAAUCUCAACUCUGGGAUAAAACAAUUGAGUUUUCACAGCCUUGUACUCUUAAACACGGUGGAGAUAUCUUGUAUAAACACAGAUGACAUGCGUAGAUAAAAUGGAAAAUGAAAUACAUUUCAAAAAUAUUUAUAUUUAAAAUAGUGAUGGAAGUUGAUCUGUCCAGAAAUUUUAUUUAAUGAGGAUUUGUAUCUUGAAACACUAAACAACAAGACGUAUCAUUAAGUUUGUCUUAGUCAUAUUUUAUUUCUAUAGUAAAUACCCUGACCUGAGGUUCAAUUUACUGUGUUAAAAAUGAAAUACAAAAUAUCAAAUAAACCCAGAAGUCUAAAAUUCAUUGGGAACACUGAGGAUAAUUUUUUAGGAGCUUUCGUUUCAAUUCCCUCCUAAAAUAAGUAUCCAGUUAUUUCAAUGAGUUUCCCUCACCUCGCUAGUUUAAGAUGAAAUUACAAUAUACCUGUAAUUAAUUCUUAUUUCUUAACAACCCUGAAUAAAAUAUCACCCAUAGGAAUUUUUUUUCAAACUUUCACUGACAAGAAAAUUAUUGAGACUUUCUUUAUCCAAUGGCACGAAAUCAAAGGCCUAUGUUGUUACACAGCACAUGUGCCGAAUGGUUGCUGUUUCGUUUACCAUAGAAUGAUGACUAGUAUAUUAGCAAAGAUCUUAACUUGUAAUAAACACCGUGGUAGGUACAGCGUACGUAAAGAAAACGUAAUGGUUUCUGAUGGCAUUUAUUAUAACAAUAUACUCGUAGCCACAGAGUCUUGCGACAGCAUGCUUCUGUCCCGUAAUGCGUUUUUAUAACACUUAGAUAUAUCUUGUUUUCUACCUGUACACAUUUAACGUGUUUACUGCAUAUGUAGGCAUUCCGAAAAUUCUUUUAUAGACAUAUACAGAUCAAUUUUGUUUGAAGUACCUUUUUAGAGCAUUUUUAUGACAACGGCGCUAUAAAACGGAACGAAUACCACCCGUGAUGGCUAUUUAUAGAUAAAGAACCCAAACAACUACCCGUGGAGUAGAAAUGGUCUGCGGUUUCAGAACGUAAAUUUAAUGUUUUUCUAUAAUGGGGAGGUAUACUUUUAGCUUAAGCUUUUUACCUUUUGAUACUGGUGGCCCAUUACCUGAAUAUGAUAGGCGACAUUCGCAUGUUUUAAAUGAAUUUUGAUACAUGCAUAUAUUAUAAUGUUCUGAAGCCAAGAUCAACCUAACUAAAAGUAUUUUGCCUGGUUAUUUCAUGUGGUGUUUCGGGCAUAAAGAUACUCAUGAGAGGUAAGUAAUAUGAAUGAAAUUCGCUCUGAAAAUUUGUGCUGAUGUUGACUGUUUGUGAUAAAAGUUUUAUUUUUUUUUAUCUUCCUACAUGUUAUUAAUUUGGCAAACAAAACGGUAAUCUAAGUGUAAUAAAUUAAGAAAAGCCUAGCUUUCGUUACUUAUAAUUCAAUUUUAUUGCUUAAUUAUAAUUGCAGAAUAUAUUUUGAUGGUAAGCUACAUAAACCGACAAACUUAAAUUUUAACCAUGUUCAAUUUUCGAAACUAUGUUUCCGCAUUUAUUUGUCGCCUUUAUUUGUGAAUUUUCUGUUUAGCAUUGCUUUCAUUUUGUGUAAAAAUUGCACAAGUAGUGCUUAUAGUUUCCAGGACUUGCUUUUGUGAUGGAGUAUGAUGCUGACAGCUAUGUGAUGAGAAUACCGGUUAUUCAUAACCACAAUUAUAUUUUUUACACUUGGACCAAACUAUUUUACGUCACUUCACACUUUUUACGUUAUUUGAAGUUUUAUGGUUUGUGACGUCAUAACUUGAUUUGAUUUGAUGUAUUCAAUUUCUUAUUUAUGUUACGCACUACUUUGCAACAUGUUUACAGCACGUGAUAUGACGUCACGUGAUCUUUAUAUUUCCUUAUGUUAAAAUAAUGUGAAGUAAACAUAACGUGAUGUACUUGUUCUUGUUUGUUUGUAUUCGUCACGUGGUGUAAAGGUUAAUCACGUGGUGUUUAAUGCCACGUGACAUUGGUUUGCGUUACCUGAUAAUGUGUUUUUGGCCUGAUGUACUACGUCUUUUGGUUUAGUUGUGACGUGACUGGUGUAAAGUGAUACUUUAUGUGUUAUUAAGGUCACGUGAUUUGUAAAUAAAGUAAUACUUUAUAUGUUCGCGUGAUGUGUGUAUACAGUAAUACUUUGUUUGUUCUUCCGGUCACGUGAUGUUUAUGUAAUGUGAUACUUCAAUGUAUUUUGCGUUAUGUGUAAUGUUGACAAUGACAGACUUGUAAUUAAACUAAGCUGUGGUGCCAAUUUC